CGCCGCGCCGCGGGCAUGGCGGAGCCUGGCGGCGGCGGCGCCGGACCCGGAGCCGGAGCCGGGCCCGGGGCGGCGGGGGGCGGCCCGCAGCAGGGCUCCCCGGCCGCCGGGGGGGUGGCGGCCGCCGCGGGUCCGGCCCGUACCGCCGCCGACAGCCCCGCGGGGCCCGGCUCGGCGCGCACGGCCGGGAAGAAGGCGCAGCUGCGCGCCGCGCCGCGGGCCAAGAAGCUGGAGAAGCUGGGCGUCUACUCCGCCUGCAAGGCUGAGGAAUCUUGUAAAUGCAAUGGCUGGAAGAACCCCAACCCACCUCCCACUCCCCCUCGGGCAGAUCUGCAGCAGACAGUUGUCAGCCUUACUGAACCAUGCCGCAGCUGCAGCCAUACACUAGCUGCUCAUGUUUCUCACCUGGAGAAUGUGUCUGAAGAAGAAAUGAAUAGGCUACUGGGGAUUGUACUGGAUGUGGAGUAUCUGUUCACCUGUGUCCACAAGGAAGAAGAUGCAGACACCAAGCAAGUUUAUUUCUACUUGUUCAAACUUUUGAGGAAGUGCAUAUUACAGAUGGGAAAACCUGUAGUAGAAGGAUCUUUGGAAAGUCCCCCAUUUGAGAAACCUAGCAUUGAACAGGGUGUGAAUAAUUUUGUGCAGUACAAAUUUAGCCACUUACCUUCAAAGGAAAGGCAGACAAUAGUGGAACUGGCUAAAAUGUUUCUGAACCGCAUUAACUACUGGCACCUGGAGACACCUUCUCAGCGGAGACUACGAUCACCCAAUGAUGAUAUUGCAGGAUAUAAAGUGAAUUACACCAGGUGGCUUUGUUAUUGCAACGUCCCUCAGUUCUGUGACAGUCUACCUCGGUAUGAAACCACACAGGUUUUCGGUAGGACGUUGCUUCGCUCCGUUUUUACUGUAAUGAGACGGCAGCUGCUGGAACAGGCCAGGCAAGAAAAAGACAAGCUUCCUCAAGAAAAACGAACACUAAUCCUCACCCAUUUCCCAAAGUUUCUGUCAAUGCUGGAAGAAGAAGUAUAUAGCCCAAAUUCGCCUAUUUGGGAUCAGGAUUUCAUUGUGUCUACUUCCCGAACUGGCCAACUGGGAAUCCAGACAGUUAUUAAUCCUCCUCCUGUUGCAAGAUCUGUUUCGUACAGUGCAAGUCCUUCAUCUCUGGAGCAACCGAACAGUGGAAACAUGAGUCCUGCUUGCAAAGUUUCUUCUGUCCUUGACCCAAACCUAGGGGAAAAAAGAAAAAAUAAUGAACCUUAUUCUCUGGAGGAUUCAAAAAGACCAAGAAUUGUAGGAGAUAUUCCUAUUGAGUUAAUCAAUGAAGUCAUGUCAACAAUUACAGAUCCAGCAGCAAUGCUUGGGCCAGAGACCAACUUCCUCUCAGCACAUUCGGCCCGGGAUGAGGCAGCGAGACUGGAGGAGCGCAGGGGAGUGAUAGAAUUCCACGUGGUUGGGAACUCCCUGAACCAGAAGCCAAACAAGAAGAUCAUGAUGUGGCUGGUUGGUUUGCAGAAUGUAUUUUCCCAUCAGCUGCCUCGAAUGCCGAAGGAGUACAUCACGCGCUUGGUCUUUGAUCCGAAACACAAGACCCUUGCAUUAAUAAAAGAUGGUCGUGUUAUUGGUGGUAUCUGCUUCCGAAUGUUCCCCUCCCAAGGAUUUACAGAGAUCGUUUUCUGUGCUGUGACUUCCAAUGAACAAGUUAAGGGUUAUGGAACUCACUUAAUGAACCAUCUGAAGGAGUACCACAUCAAACAUAACAUCCUCAACUUCCUCACAUAUGCAGAUGAAUAUGCUAUUGGCUACUUCAAAAAACAAGGUUUCUCCAAAGAUAUUAAAGUACCAAAAGCAAAAUAUGUUGGCUACAUCAAGGAUUAUGAAGGUGCCACAUUAAUGGGAUGUGAACUAAAUCCAAGGAUUCCCUACACAGAAUUUUCUGUUAUUAUUAAAAAGCAAAAGGAGAUCAUUAAAAAGCUCAUAGAAAGGAAACAAGCUCAGAUUCGAAAAGUUUAUCCUGGCCUUUCUUGCUUCAAAGAUGGAGUACGACAGAUUCCUAUAGAAAGCAUUCCUGGAAUAAGAGAGACUGGCUGGAAACCAAGUGGAAAAGAAAGAGGUAAAGAGCCCAAGGAUCCUGACCAACUUUACAGCACAUUAAAAACUAUCCUGCAACAAGUGAAGAGCCAUCAAAGCGCUUGGCCCUUCAUGGAACCCGUGAAGAGAACAGAAGCUCCUGGAUAUUAUGAAGUUAUAAGGUUUCCCAUGGAUCUCAAAACAAUGAGUGAGCGACUCAAGAAUAGGUACUACGUGUCUAAGAAAUUAUUCAUGGCAGACUUGCAGCGAGUCUUUACAAAUUGCAGAGAGUACAACCCCCCCGAGAGUGAAUACUACAAAUGUGCCAAUAUACUGGAGAAAUUCUUCUAUACAAAAAUUAAAGAAGCUGGAUUAAUUGACAAAUGAUACACUGGUAAAGCUCAAUAGUUAUAAGGCUGAAAAACAAAACAUCCUAUGCUGCAUCAAGGAAUUUAUUCCUGCAAAAGGCCUGUGCAAUGUUAAGUCAUAAAUCAAUACAGUGAGUAGAUGUUGGAAACUACCUGGAAGUAGUAAAUGUGGUAUAUAAGGUAUUCAAAAAUAUUAACACUAGAACUUCAAGUGUUUCACAUGAGAUUAGUCUGACCUACAUUUGGAUCUAUAACUAAGGUACAGUGAGUUUAUUCCUUUUUUAAUAGCCAGUACCAGAUGCUAUGAUCCUUUUUUUGUAGAUUGGGCCUACAGAUGCACCUGUUAAGCUUGGUAUCCUGUGAAAUUUUGUUAUUUUCAGAGUAGAUUUUCUUAUUGUCUUUCAAUCAGAUUGUCUCUUCUAUAUUGAAACAUGUUUUCUAAUUUAAGAAUUAAUAUUUUCAUAGAUACUGUGCAAUAAAGUUACAGUAGGAUAUGUGGUUUUGCAAAUGCUUUAACAGCUGAUGAAUUUUACAUUUGUAAAAUUAAUAUAUUGUAUUGGUACAGAAUAGUUUUAAAUUAUAUAUGUACAAAACCCUA